CUCGUCUCCUCCUUGCUUCUCCAUCUUUCAUCGUCUCCAGUCCAUCGCUUCUUGUCUCUCUCACCGCUCCACCUCUUCUCCUCUCCAUCAAGCAUGGCAAGGAAAGCAGCGGUCAAGUACCGCUCUCUGCGGUCCAACCUCGUCCACCUCCCACUCUCCCUCUACGCCUCUCUCGCCCAGUCCCAGACGCGUCCCCAGUCACUCAUCCUCCACCUCGCGCCCCUCGUCCCCGCCUCGAGCUCGCGACGUGCUCCCCAGCCAGCGUACCUCGGCUGGUCUGGACUCGCAGCUGCCUCCUCACUCUCCGGCAUCGGAGGGAGCCAGCUCGAGACUAUCGAGGUCGACCCCGAAGUCGCACUCAACUACGGCUGGGCCGAGGGCACCAUUCUCGAGAUCAGCAUCAUCCACAACCCCACCAAGGCGCGCUCCGUCAGCGUCACUCCCCUCUCCACUGACGACUGGGAGAUUCUUGAACAAAAUGCCAAUUAUCUCGAGAACAACUUGCUGGGCCAACUGCGCGCCGCACAAAAGGGCCAAGAGAUCGAUGUUUGGGUUAUGGGCCGCACCAAGAUUCGCAUACGAGUCGACGCGACGAAUCCGCCCACUUCAGCUUCUUCGGCAGUGCUCGUCAACUUUGAAACGGAAAUCUAUGUGGCCCCACGGCCCCGCGGCCAGGACGCUCCCAAGGAGGCUCCCAAGGUCGUGGCUCCGCCACCUGUUGCGCGCGCCAACUCGGGCACGGGCAAAGGCAGUGCGGCGGCCACCAAGGGCGCUACUCUCCGCAUCGUUCCUCCGAAGGUUGCGGCCCAGUGGGGCCCGGCCGAGCUGUCUGCUGAAGACGCCCACACUGUCGGCGCAGACAAGGUGGCCUUUGUAGCACCCGCGACUCUGAACAAGGUCCGCGCCCGGCUAGGCGAGCACCAGGACGGCACCCCGCUUCUUGUCAACCUGCGGGUGAAGCGGGACGAGGAGAAGAAGAAGGAGGAGGAGGCCGCGGUCGCCGAGCCAGCGGCGGAGGGCCAGGAGCAGCCUGAGGAGGAGCCACCGCUCGAGGCAUGGCUGGCAGCCUGGGAUGAGAUGCCAGCGGGGUGUAUGGCGCUCUCUGGCGAGCUGGAACCCGAGUGGAAGAGCUGGGGUGUGGCCAAGCUUGGAUUGGCAACGCAGAAGUCGUCAAAGUCCAAGGCGAACGGUCACCGCUCAGCACCAGUGCUCGAAGUAGAUGCGGAGAAGAAACCGAUCCUCGCGGGCGUCGGCGAAACCAUCGAGAAGGCGCUCAGCUACUUCCGCCGUGGCGCAUUCGUUGGCCACGCCCGCCCUCUCCUUCUUACUGGCGCCAAGGGCUCUGGCAAGACCGCGAUCGCCAAGGCCGUGGCUGAAACUCUGCAGGCGGACCGCAGCGUGCUCGCCGAGCUCAUCUACGACGACGUCGGUCGUCUCGACUCGGACGCUCGUGUCAACUCGCUCAAGGAAACGAUGGGCAAGUGGAUCGAGGACGCUCGCCGCCAAAGCCCUUGCAUUCUCAUGCUGGAUAACCUUGACCUUAUCCUGGGGCCAGAGAGCGAGCUAGGCGGCGCCUCAUCAAACGCCGCAAUCCUCGCCGAGCACUUCACCAAGCUCUUCGCAGCGUCCGCCCUGCCAAAAGGAAUGCUCGUUCUCGCUACCGCGACCGGCUCGGCCGGCCUUCACCCGCUCCUCACGUCAAAGCACAUCUUUGGGGAAAGCAUGAAGGUGCCGCCGCCGAAGCAGGAGACACGGCGAGAGAUUCUCGAGGCGAUCGUCAAGUCGCAGCAGGAGGACUCCGUGCACGCCCACUCAGAAGACGAGGAGGCACUCGACUACGUAACACUGGCGCAGCUCACCGAGGGAUAUUCGGCGUCGGACCUGAACGACCUCGUGACCGGUGCUCUGCAGCAGUCGAUGAUUCGCGGCGCAAAGGAAGGCAACGUCGAUGCUCCUCUCCACAUGGACGAUUUCAUCGCUGCACAGGAAGCGUUUACGCCUAUCAGCCUGCGCGGUAUUUCCUUGCAAAAGUCUGACGUGCGAUGGGCGGACAUUGGUGGCCUCCACGACGCGCGCCAGAUCCUGCGCGAGACACUCGAGUGGCCCACAAAGUACGCGCGCAUCUUCGCCAAGUGCCCGCUCCGUCUGCGUUCCGGUCUCUUGCUAUACGGAUACCCUGGUUGUGGCAAGACACUCCUGGCGUCGGCCGUCGCGAAGGAAACCGGCCUCAACUUCAUCAGUGUCAAGGGUCCCGAAAUUCUCAACAAGUACAUUGGUGCCUCUGAGCAGUCGGUGCGCGACCUCUUUGAACGCGCGUCGGCCGCCAAGCCAUGCGUCCUGUUCUUCGACGAGUUCGACUCGAUCGCACCGAAGCGCGGUCACGACAGCACGGGCGUCACGGACCGUGUGGUCAACCAGAUGCUCACGGAGAUGGACGGUGCGCAGGGUCUGGACGGCGUCUACGUGCUUGCCGCGACGUCGCGCCCUGACCUGAUCGACCCCGCCCUCCUGCGUCCCGGUCGUCUGGACAAGUCGAUUCUGUGUGAUAUGCCGUCUGUCCAGGACCGUCUUGAGAUCCUCCAGUCGUUCACCAAAAAGCUCGAAUGCUCACCGUCAAUCGACUUUGAGCAGCUCGCUGUGGACACGGAGGGCUUCUCGGGCGCCGACUUGCAGGCAUUGGUGUACAACGCUCACCUCGACGUCGUGCACACCGUGCUCAACAAGCCCGAGGACGAGCCCAAGGGCAAGGGCAAGGCGACGGACAAUGGCAAGAGCAAGGGCAAGGCGGUUGACAAGGGCAAGGGCAAGGGCAAGGCUGUCGACGUCGAGGACAGCGGCAAGGGCAAGGGCAAGGAGGCGAACGGCUCGGCCGAGCCAUCCAAGCCUAAGCCCUACCACCAGCUGCAACCGGAGGAGACGCCCAUCACAUCCGCACAGCGCGCGGCGUUCACUGAGCGGAUUGAGACCAUCGUGUCGUCUACAAACCAGGCACAGGGCGACGGGGAAGAGGUCGUGGAGAAGAAAAAGAUGGAGACGCCCGCGAUCGAGGAGCGCCAUCUGCGCAUGGCGCUCAUGAACAUGCGCCCGUCCGUGAGUGCCCAGGAGCGCGCCCGCUUCGGGCGCAUCUACCACUCGUUUGUCGCGGACCGCGACGGCAACUUGCCAAACGGCGAGGGCACGCGGGACACGGGGACACGCACGUCGCUUCAGUAGUUUGGGUUUGGGAUCGCGCAGCAAUAUAUGCAUACAAUGGGUUUG